AUGGCUUCAGCAGUGCAGUCCUUAAAGAAGAAAGAAAAGGGCAAAGGAAAAGAGAAAGAGAAAGAUGUUGAAGAUGUAUCAAUAGCCGCUGAACAGACACUUUCUUCCAAUACAGAAAUUGAGGAGAAUUUUGGCCCUCAGCCUAUCAAACGUCUUGAGCAAUUUGGGAUCAACCCGUCAGAUCUGAAGAGAUUAGAGGAAGCAGGCUUCUACACUGUAGAAUCUGUGGCUUUUACACCGAAGAAGGCGAUUCUCGACAUUAAGGGAAUCAGCGAAGCGAAGGCGGACAAAAUUUUGGCGGAAGCAUCGAAACUAGUACCUAUGGGUUUCACGACGGCGACUGAUUUUCAUCAGAAAAGAUCCGAAAUCAUCCAGAUUACAACUGGUAGCAAAGAGCUUGAUAAAUUACUGCAAGGUGGAAUCGAAACCGGAUCGAUAACGGAGGUGUUCGGUGAGUUUCGUACCGGAAAAACGCAGUUGUGUCAUACUCUUGCGGUCACUUGCCAAUUACCGGUGGACAUGGGCGGUGGCGAAGGAAAGUGCCUGUACAUCGACACGGAGGGGACAUUUCGUCCAGAAAGAUUGUUGGCCGUGGCAGAAAGGUUCAGCUUAUCAGGGCCGGAUGUGUUGGACAACGUCGCCUACGCUCGCGCUUAUAACACCGAUCACCAGAGUCAGUUGUUGAUCCAGGCAUCGGCGAUGAUGUCUGAAUCUCGAUACGCUUUACUGAUCGUCGACAGCGCUACGGCGUUAUAUCGGACAGACUAUUCUGGCCGCGGAGAGCUUGCACCGCGGCAAAUGCAUUUGGGACGAUUCCUGCGUUAUCUACUGCGAAUCGCGGAUGAGUACGGAGUGGCGGUUUUGAUAACAAACCAAGUCAUGGCUCAGGUAGACGGCUCGGUGGCGAUGUUUAACGUGGAUCCGAAGAAACCGAUUGGUGGCAAUAUUCUCGCUCACGCUUCUACUACGAGGCUUUACUUACGCAAGGGUAGAGGCGAAACGAGAAUUUGCAAGAUUUAUGAUUCGCCGUGUUUGCCAGAAUCAGAAGCGAUGUUCGCGAUUCUGCCACAGGGUAUCGGUGAUGCCAAGGAAUAG